AUGCCUGCCAUCAACGUUACCCUCAAGUCUGGUGCCGACAAGGACCAGCUCGACAAGGCAAAGUCUCAGGUGCAAGAACAAGGCGGAAAGAUCACCAACGAGUUCACCUUGAUCAAGGGUUUCACCGCCGAGUUCCCCGAAGACAAAGUCCACACUCUCUCCACCAACGAUCACGUCACCGUUGAAGCCGACAGCGAGGUCAAGACACAAUAG